GAGAAACUUAAGACUCUCAUGUGUUUCAUAUGAAUCACUCCAAGACUCCUCGCGCAUGCUAAAAACUUCAACACUGAACGACUCAAUUCAUUCACUCGGAUGCUGAUGAACUAAAGGUGCAUGAUGGAUUUAAUUGAAGUGUUAGUAGAUUUCAGCCGGCUGACAUUACGGAGCGCUUUGCUGUCACUGCUGGCGUGUUUGAUGGUGAUGUUCUGGCGUCGCUCGGGUCCGAUACCGGGUCCCUUCCCGUGGCCCAUAAUCGGUAACGCCGCUCAGCUCGGUACCUCACCUCACUUCUUCUUCACCCGUAUGGCUAAGAAAUACGGCGACGUGUUCCAGAUCAAACUGGGCAGCCGAACCGUAGUGGUCCUGAACGGGGACGCGAUCAAAGAGGCUUUGAUUAAGAAGUCCGUGGAUUUCGCCGGCCGACCGGAUUUUGCGUCGUUCUCAUUCGUCUCCGGUGGUCGGAGCAUGGCGUUCGGCAACUACAGCCAGUGGUGGAAGUUACAUCGGAAGAUUGCGCAGAGCACCGUGAGGACCUUCUCCACGGCCAACAUCCAAACCAAACAGACCUUUGAGAAGCACAUCUUGUCUGAGGUUGGGCAGCUGAUCCAUUUGUUUCUGAAUAAAACCCGAGAGCAGAAAUACUUCGAACCGCACAGUUUCCUGGUGGUCUCUGUGGCGAACACCAUGAGCGCAGUGUGCUUCGGGAAUCGGUACUCGUACGAUGAUGCGGAGUUCAAGCAGGUGGUCGGGAGGAACGAUCAGUUCACUAGGACAGUCGGAGCGGGAAGCAUGGUAGAUGUGAUGCCAUGGUUGCAGUACUUUCCAAAUCCAAUAAAAACUCUCUUUAUGCAGUUCAAAGACCUCAACCAGGAGUUCAAUAGUUUUAUCCACGGCAAAGUGGUCGAGCACCGUAAGACGAUUUCAUCCAAUCACACCCGUGAUAUGACCGAUGCGUUCAUCUUUGCUCUGGACAAAUGGCUGUCCGGGGGCCAGGGGGUCUCUACGGAUAAAGAGUUUGUGACACCGACCAUUGGAGACAUUUUUGGGGCGAGUCAAGAUACUUUAUCUACAGCUCUGCAGUGGACCAUUCUGUUACUCGUUAGGUAUCCAAAAGUUCAGAAACGUCUUCAGGAGGAGGUCGACAGAGUGGCAGAUCGCAGUCGCCUUCCAACCAUUGAAGACCAGGCUCAGCUUCCGUACGUCAUGGCCUUCAUCUACGAAUUCAUGAGAUUUACUUCAUUCGCCCCUUUAACUAUUCCCCAUAGCACGACUACAGACACAUCCAUCAAUGGUUAUCCUAUCCCCAAAGACACUGUCAUUUUUGUCAACCAGUGGUCUUUGAACCACGAUCCAAACAAGUGGGACGAGCCAGAGGUAUUCAAUCCAGAACGCUUUCUGGAUGAGGACGGAGCUCUUAACAAAGACUUAACGUCCAACGUGCACGUAUUUUCGGUGGGGAAGCGCAGGUGCAUUGGAGAAGAUAUGUCCAAAGUACUGCUUUUCCUCUUUACCUCCUUGCUGGUCCAUCAGUGCAAUUUUACAGCUGAAGGAUCUCCCAGCAUGGACUAUGUGUAUGGGCUCACAAUUAAACCAAAACCAUUUAAAGUGGCUGUCACAUUGCGUGACAGUGCAGAACUUCUGAAAAGUUUGGUAGAAACGUCUGAAACGCCUAUAGCGAAAAAGCAAAGCGUUUGAAGUGAAAUCAAAGCACACAAGUUGCGACAACUUUGCCGAAUGAAGGUGGCAAAGUAAACAAAGACUGAGGAACAUUUUGUUGAAUGCACAGCACGUGUGAAUAAAUAUUGAUAUAUUUAAAAAUGUAAGACUCAGGCAAACAUGCUUUACAAAUAACACAUUCAUUUGAAAUGUCAAUAAAUGAUGCACUGAUUUAUUUUAUUUUCUGCAAGGGUAGAAAAAAGCAAAACACAGAACAGGUCCAGUCAAUCCUCACUGAUAUUGUAUAUUAGUUUACUUUAUUUAGACAAAUGAAAGCUUUUAUGUUUAAGUAUUGAGACAUUUAUGUGCAUAGCAACAUAACUAAAUCUUAUAAUCAUUAUUAAUGCUUGUAACAGGACUGUAGUAAUAGUAAAUUUACUGUAGUCUCAGUUUGAGGAGGUUUGUCUUCAUUUAUCUUUGAUAAAAUGUGUUUGUCACACACAACAUUUGUAAUAACGCUAAGAGUUCUUAUUGAAGGUUGUGCAAGUUUUUAUAAAAUCUGCGAGAUAUGUGCGAAUGAGCCGAUAUUCAACAGCACUUAGAUGUGUUACAUUUAUUUGUAAUAAUGUAGCUACUUCACUGAUUUACGCACAUUUGAAAAUGAAACAAGAUUGAUUUUGACUUAAAAAUACGGUGAUAAAUGACUAUAUCACCGUGCAUUUUUUUAAAAAUAUUUUGUAAUGACUAUUGAGCUCAAAUAUUCUGUUAGUUUAGUUGUUGUUAAAGGAGUAGUCCACUUUAAAGAUGGGGUCCAUUGACUUUUUAUAGUAGGAAAAAAAUACUAUGGUAAGUCAAUGGGCCCCAUCUAUAAAGUGGACUACUCCUUUAAGGGUACUUUAGUUCAUACUACUGUAGCCCUAGGCUGCAUUGUCUAUGUCAUAUAUAAGGCUCAUUAAAUGAGAAAUUUGUACAGUAUAAUAUUACAGCACUUUACACAUUGUCGUUCUUAAUCAUUGUGUUCCUUGAUAGUGUUUCCGGAUUUUCAAUUCUGUGCCCUGUCAUUAUCGACUUCCUAGCAUUAAUCUAGGAUUAACAAACACAGUUCACUGAGUUUUCUUUAUCUCCCUUCCCAUUGAACAUUAUCAGGAGAAUCACGUGAUGUUUUAGCAGAAGACAUUGUGCUUUCUUAACUAUUCUGCAUUAAUAAAUCUUUUUAUUUUUUUGUUUAGUCGGAUGUGAUGUUUCAUUUCCGGUGCACAUCAGGAAAAAAAACUUUGUCCCUUGGGUCAAGGGAAUUUCAGGGUUUGUUACCUAACGUUGAGAGUAUAUGUUAUGGUUACUAAUUUUUGCUGAUUUCUACAGACUGCUGUAAUAGUUUCCAUUUGUAAUAGCAGAUUUAAAUUUUAUGUGCAAAACAUUUGAUAUCUUUGUAACUGAACUUGUUAUAUUUAGUUCCCAUUAUGUGAUACAAAACAAUAUUAUAUUUUUAUAUACUUCAUAUAAGCUCAGACAUUUGGCUGCUGUGUGAAUUUUAAACUGCAUGCAGUGGUGCAGUUUACAGUUUUUGUGAUGAAAUUUAGUGCAAUUUAAAUGUUUUGUUUUUCUCUUCAUGGCUAAUAAACAUAUUCAAUCU